CCUCCAAGCGAAGCGCUUCUUCAUCCGUUGGUCCGUCAUCCACUUCCCCCCUCACCCUCGCACACCAUGGCGGCGCUCUGCUCCGCCUCCCCGGCCAUCUCCACGGCAGCGGGGGCUCUCGUAGUACCCGCGCGCCGGGCAGCCUCCCUCCUCCGCCUGCGCCUGCGCCUGCGCGCUGCCGCGCGCUCCUACUCCGCCGCCGCCGCCGCUGCCGCAACGCGGGCAGCGCCGUCGUGGCGGGCUCGCCGGCGCUUCGCGGCUUCAGCGGCUUCGGCGACGGAGGAGGAUGCCGGGGUAGAAACGAUGAUCCCGCCCGACAACCGCAUCCCCGCCACCAUUAUCACUGGCUUCCUCGGUUCCGGCAAGACAACUUUACUGAAUCACAUCUUGACUGCUCACCAUGGAAAGCGGAUUGCUGUCAUUGAGAAUGAGUUUGGAGAAGUUGAUAUUGAUAGCUCAUUAGUUGCUGCACAAACCACUGGAGCUGAGGACAUAAUGAUGCUAAACAAUGGCUGCCUUUGCUGCACUGUGCGUGGUGAUUUAGUCCGUAUGAUUGGUGAAUUGGUUGACAAGAAGAAGGGAAAGUUUGAUCAUAUUGUUAUCGAAACCACAGGUUUAGCGAAUCCAGCACCCAUUAUACAGACAUUCUAUGCAGAAGAUGUAGUUUUUAAUGAUGUCAAGCUGGAUGGUGUUGUUACUUUAGUUGACGCAAAGCAUGCUAGACUACAUUUGGAUGAAGUAAAGCCCAAGGGUAUAGUCAACGAAGCUGUUCAGCAAAUUGCGUAUGCUGACAGAAUUAUAGUUAACAAGAUUGAUCUUGUCAAGGAACCUGAAGUUUCUUCCUUGGUUGAGCGUAUAAGGGGUAUCAAUCACAUGGCUAAUUUGAAACGAGCCGAGUAUGGUAAAGUUGAUUUGGAUUAUGUUCUUGGAAUUGGAGGAUUUGAUCUAGAGAGGAUUGAGAGUGCCGUCUCUGAAGAAUCACAUGAAGACCAUGCAGAGCAUGAACAUGAGCAUGAGCAUGAUCACCAUGAUCAUCAUCACCAUCAUGAUCAUGAUCACGGACAUGAUCAUCAUGCACAUGAUCACACUCAUGAUCCUGGUGUUUCUUCUGUGAGCAUUGUUUGUGAAGGGGAGAUGGAUCUUGAAAAGGCUGACAUGUGGUUGGGGAACCUACUACUGGAACGCAGUGAUGAUAUAUACAGGAUGAAAGGGCUACUAUCGGUCAGUGGAAUGCCUCAGCGCUUUGUCUUUCAGGGAGUGCAUGACAUUUUCCAGGGAUCUCCUGAGAGAAUGUGGGAGCCAAACGAGCCGCGCGUCAACAAGAUUGUGUUCAUUGGCAGGAAUCUCAAUAGAGAAGAGCUGGAGAAGGGCUUCAAGGACUGCCUGUUGAAGAACUAGACUGUGACUCGAGGUUUUAUGUUUUUUUCUACACAUGGGAUGGAUCUCCAGCUUCAUGAUUUUGAGCUUUGUGGCUGCAGACUUAUCCUGGAGAAACUGAACUAUGAACUGACAUGAAAUGCGAGAUGUAUAGAACGGAGGAAAACAUCAUUGCAACUUUGCCAUCCUUUUGGCUUAUACUACAAUCACACAUUCAGUAGCAGUAGCCAUUGCUAUUAUCGCAUUAGCACCCUGAUGCUAUGCACUGUAUCUUAUAGAGAUCAUAAACCGCCUUUGUGAUUUGAGGAAAUCAUCACAUACCAUGGUACGCAUGGUAUGGUAAUGUAUUGUUGAGUGGAAUUUGUUCAGCAUUAA